AUGGCUCCCUCUAAAAAUGGUUCUAUUGUGAUUGUGGGUGCAGGUGUCUUCGGCUUGUCCACUGCGCUUGAAUUGAAACAGCGCGGAUACACCGAUAUCACAGUCUUGGAUCGGUACACACCUCCGGCAGUAGACGGAAGUAGUGUGGAUAUCUCACGCAUUAUUCGAAUCGACUAUGCUGAUCCGGUUUACUGUAAGAUGGCCCGUGAGGCUUACCAGGGCUGGACAACCGAGUACAAGCAACAGUACUUUGAGUCCGGAUUCGCUUUGCUAUCUGAGACUCCUCGGAACGACUGGAUCGAGAAAUCGAAGGCCACUGUUCUGGCAAAUGGUGGCACCGUGGAGACUUUGAAAGAUGCUACCCAGCUCCUGCAGUCUUACCCUAAUAUCCAGGCUAAACUCUCUGGUAUGAACGGUUAUCUGAACCGCAUUGGCGGCUGGGCCGACGCUGCAGGCAGCAUCCAGAAGUUGGCCUCCCGAUGCAGCGUUGAGGGUAUUUCAAUUAUCUCCGGUCCCCGCGGAACUGUUACCUCUCUUCGCAAGGAAGGCUCCCGAGUUGUAGGAGUGAACCUUCUCAGUGGAGGAUCGCUGCUCGCAUCCCAGGUCAUUGUGAGCACUGGAGCAUGGACUAACCGCCUCCUCGAUGUCGCACACGCUGCUUCAUCCUCGGGUCAGCCAGUCGGAUUUAUUCAAUUGACCGAAGAAGAGGCUCGGUCGUUGGACAACACCCCCGUUAUGAUCAACAUGAGCUCUGGUGUGUUCGUCUUCCCACCUUCACCAGGUAGCAACAUUCUCAAGCUCGCCCGUCACGGAUACGGCUACGCAAACGAGGUGACAGUCAACUCUGACGGAACUACUCGUACUAUCUCAUCGCCCAAAUUCGAAUCAAGCAACGCGCAAACCGGAUACCUGCCCGAGGACGCCGACCGAGAUCUGCGUGCAGGUCUCCGUCAGUUCUUCCCCAAGUUUGCCGAUCGGCCUUGGAUGAACCGCCGACUUUGCUGGUACACUGAUACCCCCAAGGGUGAUUUCAUCAUUGACCAACACCCAACACUGGACGGUCUCUUCGUAGCUACUGGUGGGGCUGGACAUGGAUUCAAAUUCCUCCCUGUCCUGGGCAAGUAUAUUGCAGACUGCUUUGAGAACAAGGCUCCUCAAGAACUGCGCGAAAAGUGGAGAUUAGCGCCGUCAGAGGGUAACUCUGCAGGAUAUUCUAUGAAGGGUGACGGAAGUCGGGCUGGACCUCCACUGCGCGAGCUUACUCGUGUGGAGAAGGCAAAGCUGUAG